AUGGGAGGACAUAAGCAAAAUACAUUGGCACUUAUUGAAUCAUCGAUAACAGUAUCUCCAUCAUCAUCAUCAUCAUCAUCGAGUCGAAUCAGAACAGUUACUCAUCAUGAAUAUUUUGAACCAUAUCCGACUGUUAAAAGUUGGCUGCAAAGUCAAAUAAAUAAUCCUAAACAACGAAUCAAGAAUUAUUUUCUCUCCUAUAUACCAUUUAUCAAUUGGAUUUAUCGAUACAAUUUAACAUGGUUUUGGGGUGACCUUGUUGCUGGUUUGACUGUUGGUGCUAUUGUAAUACCACAAAGUAUGGCCUAUGCUGGAUUGGCUAAAUUAGAACCACAAUUUGGCUUGUAUAGUUCAUUUGUUGGAGUGAUGAUUUAUUGGCUAUUUGCAACUAGCAAGGUGAAUGAAAUAGAGUCAGGUAUCCUUAUUCUUCUGAGAACAAAACCUUUUACUACUUGUUUCAUAACUCAAGUUAUAUAUAUUUUAGAACAGUAA